AUGAUGAUAUGCUUCAGUCUUUAUCACAUAAGUAAAACAACAGCACAAGCAAAAUUUAUUGAUAUGAUAAUGUGUAUAGCUUGCAUGUUAACACAAAUCUUCUUGUACUGUUGGUACGGAAAUGAAGUACAGAUAAAGAGUUGUCAGAUUGUUGAUGAUAUUUUCGAAAUGGAAUGGCUGGCAUUGGAUAUAAAUAAAAAGAAGUCUCUAAUUAUGAUAAUAAGGCGAGCACUUAUACCUAUUCAAAUUAAUUGUGCUCAUGUUAUUCCUAUGAAUCUCACUUCUUUUAUGAGUAUACUGAGGCUGUCAUAUUCUACUUACAAUUUACUUCAAAAAAUGUAAAAAUGAUUGUGCAGUAAAUCAAUAAAAUUAAUGUGCUAUUC